UUAGGCUAGACAAGAUGUCUAUCAUUCUUUAUCCUUGUUUAAUUAUUACUUUUACGACAAUAACUUGCAAAGGUGCCGUUACAAAUAUAUCAGGUGUUGGAUAUCAAGGAUACGUGACAAUCCAAAAUGAUAACGGUAUUGGCGUUAGCGUAGUUGGUCAUACUUCCAAUGGUCAAACCCCAUUCAGUGAUUUAAACUUUUACACUCCUCCUGGAAUGACUGUAAAGAAAAAUGGAGACACAAUGAUGUACACAUAUCCUAUAAAUAACAACAGAGGCAUAGCAACCGGUUCUAUCCAGAUGAAACCAGGAUCUAUAUCAGUUUCUUCAUCUACUUAUACCAAAUCACCAACAUUUUAUUGGCCAAACAUUCCAAGAUUGGAUCCAAUAAUGCCAAUGUUUAACAAUUUCAUCUUUCCUCCAAUUAAUUAUCGACCACCGAAUGUAGAACCUUGGUUUGCUAGGAAUAUGAUAAAUAGCUUGAACCCGUUAAAACCGGUUUUGAAAAAUCCUUUUAUGCAACAAAAUUUAGAUCAGCUUUUAAACGUGUGGUAAUAAAUUACGAGGCGUACAUUAAAUUAUCACGAUUAACCGUGGGCUUCUGAUACUUAAAACUAUAUCUAGCAUUCCUGUCUUUCAACAUUGACAAAACGCAGAUAAAAAUAUGAUUUAAGCGGAGAUUUUGGUCUCCGAAACCCACAGUUAGCUGACAAGAUAUAUCAGUAAGACACAAUUCAUAAAAAUUUAUGAGUUUUUAGUUUUUUUUUCUUCAAGAAGUUUCUAGAAAUACAGAUAAUAUGAUAAGAUUUUAAUUAUUCGUUCGUUGACCCCAAAGAAGCAUUUUCAACUAUGCAAAAUGUUUGGUUAUCUAGUUAAUUAA